UCGACUGGACACGCACGAGCCUAUGUUAGAGGAAGUGUGUGUGUGUGUGUGUUAUGAGAGCGCAGUGAUGAUGUAGAGGAAUGAUUAUUCAUUAUUUAUAUUCGGUUUACUUGUUACUUGGAGUGACGUCAGCGGGUAAAGCGGAAGACGGAGCACUUUUCGCUGGACUUAAAGUGGGCACCAGUCUAUAAUGUCGAUGUUCAGCACAGGCGUGCUGGUCCUUACCUCCCCUCUCCACACCCUCCCGUUCCGUCUCGCUCCUGCCCUUAAGUCGGCGGCUAAGCUGGUGGAGCGCACCCUUUACAUUCAUCUCCACCCGGGUCUCAACCUGGGGACAGGCUGCCCGCCUCGGCCGGUCUUCAUCCCCCCGUCCGUGGAUCUCCCGGGCCUUAUAUCGAGCCUGUACAGCAACGCGGCCGACGUCUGCGCUCACCUGGACGUACGUCUACUCCUCGCGAACAUCUGUGGCCAACAGGACGUGACCCUUAACCCUUUCCCCUCCCCUCAGAUGCUUUCCCACUUCCCAGAGGUCGUCAUGACAGAUUUCCCCGUGAGAGACUCGGCGCAGAUGUCUCCGGUGGCUCGCUGUCUUCAGGUUUACGCCGGAAACUGCUACGUGUGCGAACCUGACCUUUCCUCCGUCGUCUUGUGGCCUCAGCUGAAGGACCUGGUGGAAGAGCAGGAGGAAAUCGAGAAGGAAAACAUCUCAAAGCCUGCAGAGACGUAUCGAGACAUAGUGGUGGGCGGAACCUUUGAUCGUCUGCACGGUGCUCACCGGACCCUGUUGAACAUUUGCUGCUUGAUGGCGAAUAGGCGGUUUCUGAUCGGAGUGUGUGAUCAGGAGCUGCUUAAAAGUAAGGUGUUGAAGGAGCUAAUUGAGCCGUACAGUCGGCGCGUGCAGAAGCUCCAAGAGUUUCUGAACGACGUUAAACCGUCGCUGCAGUAUGAAAUCGUCCCGCUGUCCGAUCCCUUCGGCCCGUCUGUCAGUGACGCCGAGCUGGAGUGCAUCGUAGUUAGCGAGGAGACGCGGCGGGGUGGCGAAGCCGUCAACAGGAAACGGGUAGAAAACGGGCUACGAGAGCUGGUGCUGUACGAAAUUCCCCUGAUUAAAGACGUGCAUCACGCAGACAUCGAGGAGGAGAAGAUCAGCUCAUCGAGCCUGCGCACACGCCUGCUGGGCACGCUCCUCAUCCCUCCCACCUCUCGCCCCGUGCUCUCUCGGCUCCCGUACGUAAUCGGCCUGACCGGCGGCAGCGGGAGCGGCAAGACCUCCAUCGCACGCAGACUGGAAGGAUUCGGCGCUGCCCGGAUCGACGCCGACCAGCUCGGGCACGAAACAUACCGACUUGGCACGGCGGCCUAUCACAGGAUAGUGCAGGAGUUCGGCGCAGAUAUCGUGAAGGAGGAUGAGACCAUCGAUAGACGAGCUUUGGGGAGGAUGGUGUUCGGAAACCAGGAGCGAUUAAAAGCCCUGACUGAUAUAGUAUGGCCUGAGAUUGCACUUCUUGUUAAGGAAAAAGUGCAGCAAGCUAAAAAAGACGGGAAGCGUGUGUGUGUGGUGGAUGCUGCAGUGCUGUUGCAGGCCGGCUGGACUGACAUGGUUCAUGAGGUCUGGGUGGCCAUUAUACCAGAGGAUGAGGCGGUGCGGCGUAUAGUGCAGCGGGAUGGCGUGAGUCAGGAGGACGCGCUGAGGAGGAUCCAGAGUCAGUGGUCUAACGUGCAGCUGGUGGAGCAGGCCAACGUGGUUCUGUGCACACUGUGGGAACCUGACGUCACUCAGAGACAGGUCGAAAAAGCAUGGAAUUUACUUCAAGAUCGGAUACAGCAGGAAUAAAAGCGGAAACCGGAUGAAGACCCUUUGAAGACCAUCACACACACACACUACAUUGGUUGACGGUAUCAGUUUAUGAACAUUUGGACAGUGUGUUUAGGAUCAAGUGUGUCUGAUUUAAGGCUUCGCUCAAGUCACUUUAAAUUUUUUUUUACAAUUUUUUAAAAAUAAGUUACAGGAACUCAGACGAAGAGAGCUGAUGAAGAGUCAUGAGCCGGUACGGGUUAUGAGGAAUCUCGUGACUUUUUAAGCAAUUUCAGUUGGUGUAAUGUAAUAGUUUUAUUUCUUUCAUUCAUCUAAAAGAUUUUGAAAUCAGCUCUCAGAUGAGAACAGCUGAAGAACUGAAGCAUCUUUAACUCUGACUGAUCCAUUAUGUCGUGACUGAUUGUCUAAGGUUUUUCAUUUGAAAUCUUCUUGUGACAAUGAGGCAAUCAAAUUAUUUUUUUUUUUUGGUUUUGAAAUCUAGCUCCUAGUUUGGUGAUGUCCAAAUGUGAACGAUUUUAUGACAUGGCUGAAUAAAUCAUGUUACAGCGGCACAGUGGUCUGACUCGCUUCUUUCAAAACCGUACAUGGCAAUGAGCUUUUUAAAAACACAUGACUAAAUGUUUGAGAUAUGCAGCAAAGAGUUAAGAGCUAAUUC